GCCCGGCCUCAGAGGCAAUCCGCUUCCCUCUGUAAGUGUCAAAUACCCCAUACUUUGGUACUUUAUCCUUUCUAUCCAGCGCAAUUUCUCGAUGAUCCAAACCGUUCAUAUGAUGGGCCUCACCGUGGAUGGGGAUAUACGGAACAAAAAGUUCAAGAGUAGAACAUUUCGAUCUCAUAAUCUUUCUGAAGAUUCACUAUCAAUGGUGAGACCCACCCGAUAAAAGGUGAAGUGAUUAUGUCCGAGAUUCUAGCCGUUGGGACGAUCCUGACCCGGACAACCCUCUCCCUCGUCCUUCAUAUCUCCCACCAUCGUUUUCCUUCUGAAGACUCUUUCCGUUCCCCGUGUGAAGAUCAUGAAGGCAGUCGACCACGUCCUCAUGAAGAUAGAAGAAGGCGGCAUCCUCUCUCUCCCACAGGACACAUGUAUAACAAAUACUACUAAAAGGACACCGAUUUUGUUGAGGAUGAUUGUGGUGGUCUUUGCAAUGCUUUUUGGUAUGUAUAUUUGCUUUAUCUGUCUCAAGCAAACUCGCACACACUUGAAUCCGAAGUAUAUCCUGCUAGAGCAAAAAAUCCAAGUAAGCACGGAACAGUGUCAGGUUUCUAGCACUCAAGCUGCGGAGGGUUUGCUUUUUCACUAUCCCAAACCAAAAACUUAUAGUAGGGAUGAAUGCAUAUGCAAUCCUGUCCGUCUCUUUGCAAUUUUGUCAAUGCAGAGGUCUGGAAGUGGAUGGUUUGAAACUUUCUUGAACAGCCACCUCAAUGUUAGCUCUAAUGGAGAGAUUUUUUCUGUUAUGGAAAGGCGGAAUAAUAUUUCAUCUGUUCUGAACACAUUGGAAAAAGUGUACAAUCUAGAUUGGUUUAGUAGUGCUGCCAAAAAUGAAUGCUCAGCUGCAGUUGGCUUCAAAUGGAUGCUUAAUCAGGGUGUCUUGGAUUACCACAAAGAAAUUGUUGAGUAUUUCAACUGGCGGGGUGUUUCUGCAAUUUUCCUACUCCGGAAAAAUCUUCUGCGUAGGGCUAUUUCUAUUAUGGCAAAUUCUUAUGAUCGAGAUGCAAAGCUACUCAAUGGCACUCAUAAAUCCCAUGUCCAUUCACAAACUGAGGCCAAGGUUCUCGCUCAAUACAAGCCGGUGAUCAAUGUCACUUUACUGCUUCCUGAUCUGGAAAGGGCAGAGGAGAUGGCCGUCAAUGGUUUAGAAUACUUCAAAAGCACUCGCCACAUUAUUGUCUACUAUGAGGAUCUUGUCAGCAACCGCACGAAGCUGAUGGAUGUUCAAGAGUUCCUAAGAUUGCCGCAAAGGAGCUUGCAUAGCCAUCAAGUAAAGAUCCACACCAAGCCCCUGUCGCAGCUGGUUGCCAACUGGGACGAUGUCUACAAGGCUCUUAAGGAUACAAAAUACAGCUGCUUCCUUGAGGAAUCAGACUAUCCAUCUAACUCAACAUUUAUUUAGAUGGCUGUAAAUUAGUUCCAUUCAUUCUUUUAUCAUGUGAGAUGGUAACCACCGUCCACCAUUUUCGUUGCAUUGACCACACACCCCGAGCAUUGAUUCCUUGUAAUUCUUUCUUGUUUUGAGCUAUUCAUUCAUUCUUCGGAAGCAUUCUCCUGUGUUUCAGUGUAUAUUUAGCGGUCAAUGGCAAUGCGCCUCUGAGGUGUUCUGUUCGUUUGCAGACAGCUUUGGAUUACAUUCACGAGUUUUGUUUGAAGCCUAACCAGCGAAUCCGAAUAUGGGAUCCCUGCAUCCGGGUAUGGCCCGCUUCUCUUCAACCCAAUCAGGCACACCCCACUUCUAAAUAUGGUGAGCUUGGCAAGAUUCUCCCAUUGUUUUUCUCUUUAACUAUGGAUAUAGAAUUCCCUCUUUUAUUGUCCUUAGUAAGUUGUCAUCAUGCGUACCCCAAUUAGUUGGGAUGAGGCUUCGAUGAUGAUGAUAAUGAUGAUAAAUUGUCGCCAUCAGGAUCACCCCACCACUGGCUUUUGAAUCAUAAAGUCAUAGGACCUACCUGAUGGAUGUUUUGGAAGUCAUCCGCAGGUGCAACUUAUAUUUUAUCCCAGAACAAUGAAGAAAGUCCUUUUCUUUAAUAUAGAUAGAGUGAGAAAACUUCUGUGGGAAACCAUGCUAAAGCCUCAUUUCCAAGAACUGUGUUUGUACAAUGAGUGAAUAAUCCCAAUUUUCCCAAUUUUUUUUUGGAAGGAUUUGAAUAUGCAAGUGUCUAUGAUUGGUUUAUCCAAAAACCAAACAAGGUUAUCAAAAGCCAAGAUCUAAGUGCUUCUUUUGACACACCCUUGAAAGGGGUGUUUGA